UUUACGUCAUCGUUGUGCGACCGUCUAAUUAUGUCAUGGCGUCGGUGGAUUUCAGAGACAACCUGCUGGGCAUAUCCUGGGUGGACAGCGGGCUGGUACCCAUCCUCAACCCUGGAAAUGUACUCGACUACUUCUCGGAGAGAAGUAACCCCUUCUAUGACCGCACUUGUAAUAACGAGGUGGUGAAAAUGCAACGUCUCAGCCUGGACCAUCUUAAUCAGAUGGUGGGUGUGGAGUACAUUCUUCUCCAUGCGCAAGAGCCCAUUCUCUACAUCAUCCGUAAGCAACAGAGGCAGUCACCCACGCAAGUGAUUCCCUUGGCUGAUUACUACAUCAUCAUUGGAGUGGUCUAUCAGGCCCCGGACCUCAGCACAGUCAUCAGCUCUAGAGCGCUUUCUGCUGUGCACGGUAUCCAGUCUGCGUUUGACGAAGCCAUGUCCUACUGUCGCUACCAUCCCUCCAAAGGAUACUGGUGGCACUUCAAAGACCAGGAGGAGAGAGAAAAAAACAAGCCAAAGACCAAGAAGAAAGCAGAGCCGGGUUCACUGUUCCAGAGACAUCGUGUGGACACUCUACUUUUAGACCUCAGGUCAAAGUUCCCGCCAACCUUCUAUCAGCCAAAGCCUGGAGAGAAGCCCAUUCCAGUGGAGGUGAAAAAAGAGCCUGAACCCACCACGGAAACAGUCAAACAAGAGGAAAGGGAGCCGGCGGCCAAAUCAACUGCCGCCACCGCCGCCGCACCAGCCAGCAAGCCGCCUCCUGAGAAGCGAGCGCGGCUCCAGUGACGACCAUUACUCAACCAACGGGAAAACCAUUUACGACUUCUUCUUCUGCUACUUGGCAUCUAUUUGAUCAGGAUAAAGACGUUCCUGUGACGGUUCCUUGAUGCCUCACAGACAGCCAUAUUGAAUAAUAAUGAUAAUAAUAUGAAACCUGGUGCGGUGAUCCAUUGGAUGUUUGAUAAUGAUUAUGAUGACUUUGGCAUUUUGCAGCCAGGAUCAGUUUCAUUUCCGGUCCACCUUUUUUCACAUGCAGAAAUUAUGAUGUCAUCAGCUCCUCACCCGUUUCAUUUUAUACACUGCUCUUCGUCUACGAUUUGUUUUAAGAUAUAUUAUUUCCCCAUGUGUUUUUAUUCUUGACAACAAAGGACUCACUGCACAGUCUUGUCAUCUGUUUUUCAAUAAUAAAAAAAAAACAGGAAUCCAGCAGGAAAUGCUUUUUAUGAUCGUUACGCUUGAGCUUAAAUGUGUUAUGGAUUCUGUUUAAAUGGAUUGGAUGAAUGUAUUCACACUACGAUGUUAAAAUGAGCACAGUGAUAAAAAUAUUAAUACAUUUGA